UAGUGGUGGAGCAUAUCAUAAUAACAAGCUUACAUUGGAGUGGAAAAGCAGAAAGAGAGAGGAAUUUGUGUUUGGCCGUCCCCUGGAAAGACGAAGGGAGACGACCAUAGCAAUCUAACUGCUCGCUGCGGUACAGCAGGAACAAGGAAUAACCGAGUGUCCCGCCGAAGUACAAGCCCUGCCCUGGUUUUAUUUUGAACUCGAGGGACGCGUUGAUAAGAAGAGAGUCUAGUGAAACCAAGGCUCGUGGACACAAGCUGUUGCUCCUGGUUUACCUUUGCCAGUAAUAAUCUACAAGAGAGGUUCAUAAUCAGAAUGCCACGACUGUUUCGGAAGAGCCAACGUUACAAUGUGGCCAAGAACUCUUGGGUAUCAAAGAUCGUUCUGCUUGAUAACACAUCAAUAGAGAUCAACCUUCAACCUGACGUUACAGGAGCAGACUGUCUGGAGAGAGUGGCACAAUGUAUGGACAUCUUUGAGAUUGAUUAUUUUGGUCUCCAGUAUCAGUGUAAGGAUGGUUACGAUCGGUGGGUGGACAGAGAGAAAUCGCUCCGGAAGCAACUUGACAAGCAUCACGUGGGCGGAGCUGGUGCCAGAAAUGCUGAGUUGAGGUUUCUAGUCCAGUACUACGUGACCAACAUCAGCAAAUUGGAGUACGAAGUGACCAGGUAUUUGUACUUUCUUCAGUUGAAGCACAGUGUCAUAAAGGGAGACUUGAAGUGCUCCAGUGACAUGGCAGUCAAAUUGGCAUCCUAUGCCUUGCAAGCUGAGUUUGGUGAUUACGAUGCUCUCAUCCAUACUCCUGAAUUCCUUGAUGAUCACAUUCUUUUCCCAUCUUCAAUGGAGCCAGAAUUUUUAGGACCAGCUCUACACCAAAAGGUAUCAAGACUAUACCAAAGACACAGAACAAUGUCAGCAGCUGCUGCUGAGCUGAUGUACAUAAAAUUGGCACAACAACUACCGGAAUAUGGACAUGAGCCUCUACAAGAGAUUGAGGUCAAUGGUACAAGGAUAUGGAUUGGUGCCUGCUUCAUUGGUAUAUUUAUCAAACACAGCAACGGGCAGCCAACAGUGUACUUCAAGUGGCCAGAGAUUGUGAAGAUGAAAGUGAAGGAUAGAUGCUUUGCAAUUGAGACCCAUCAUGACAGUAUCUACUUUAAGAUGGCAGACACACCAACAGCUCAGUAUGUUCUGGAGAUGAUGGUACAGCAACACAUGUUCUUCCAAACUGAGUAUCUUGACAUCAAAUGGAUAGCAAGAAGGAAUGGAAAGAAGAAGUCAGUUUCACUCAAUGAUAUUCGAUUACAUGCACUGAAACAAAGCGACAAGAAGAAAAAAGAGGCAGGAAGUUUAAGGAAAACAGAGGAAAGAGAGUCAAAGUUCUCAAGACCUUUGGGUAAAAGAGAUAGUCUACUGGAACCACUCUCUCCCUCGCACCACGGAUUAGAAGAGGAUCUGUCACCACGUGAAAUUGUGCUGACCACACCUCCAGGGGCCGUUUCAGACAGUACGGCAUGUUUGACGCCCACGGCUUGGAUGGAAGGAGCCGAAGAGAGAGAGAAAGAGGAGGAGAAACCAACCAUGAAGAAGAAGAGAGAGAAGGGGCUAGGGAGGACAGGUGUGCUGGAGUGUAUACCUGUGAAUGAGGAUGGGAUUGAUAUCGGAGAACCAAUUUGUACCUCACCAACUGAUAUGGUAACUGUUAAUGAGGCUACUAUUGACACUAGAGAACAUCACAAUGCUGUUGGAGGAGAAGUUACUAGUAGUAUUCCAAAUCUCAGUCAUCCACUACCACCACCGAUAAUGCACCAUCAAGUCUCUUCAGCUAAUGGAGGCAGCUCAGGAAGUCAAGAAAGCUUUGAACUCUCACACACAAAGAAAGAAUAUUUAUCAGCUUCACUGAACCAGUUGGACUCACGAACUCCUCCAAACACACUAAAACUAACCAAAACUCCUCCACCUCUUCUCUCGCCUGACACACAAUGGGAACAAGAGGCAACUAGUGGAACAAGAGACAAGAGAGCACAGCAUCUUGAAAUGAUACUACAAUCCGGGAAAGUCUAUCCUGAAUUUGAAGAGAUACCCCCAAUGUCACUGGAUGCUGAUACUAGUGCUGGUUCUAAUCCCGUUAAUGCUAAAAAGAACAGAUAUAAAGACAUCAUUCCUUAUGAGCAUAACAGAAUUAGAUUGAAUCCUAAUAAGAACACUGGAUCUAAUGAUUACAUUAACGCAAGUCUAGUAUCAUACAGUGUUGGGUCGCAGCACCGUAGCUAUAUUGUCUGUCAGGGUCCACUUGAAAUCACUUGCUGUGAUUUCUGGCAGAUGAUUUGGGAACAGAAAACACAACUAAUACUAAUGCUGACAAACAUAAUAGAGAACGGAAAGACAAAAUGUCACCAGUACUUUCCGAAUGAUGAAGAAAAUGCAAAGCACGUCCAGUUUGAACAAUAUCGUAUCUCAACUAAGUUUGUGGAGAAAUCCCCAUCAGUAAUCACAAGGUGUUUUACAGUCCAUUACAUGCCAACGAGCGAGGAGAGAGAAAUAAUGAUCUUGCAGUACAUUGAUUGGCCGGACCACGGGAUACCGCCAGAUCCACAACCUUUUAUAAGUUAUCUUAGAAUGGUUAAAUCUCUUCGAUACAAGUUUGACGAGUCGAUACCGAUUGUCGUUCACUGCAGUGCUGGAGUGGGAAGGAGUGGAGUCCUGGUAUUAUCGGACAUGUUGACUGAGACCUAUGACUGUGGAGAGGUAAUUGAUAUCAAGUCCUCUCUAGCUCGAUUGCGUCUUCAGAGAAUGCACCUGGUACAGACACUUGGACAGUAUCGCUUCCUCUACACCGUCAUCAUCAAAUACAUUAAUAAUGCAAGGCUCAUCUGAGAUUAUUAACUUUAUUUAUUAUUGUUGUUGUUGUUGUUAUUAUUAUUGAUUUUUUAACCCUCCAGACUCUACAUAGAUGUAUGAUAUAUGAUAUGAAUUAUUGUUAUUGUUUUUUCUUAUAAACAGUUGCAUACAUGUA